AUGCUUCGUUUGAAGUUUAUGACAGAAUUGAUUUUUCUUUGGAAAACAGACAUUUUGUUUGGAGACAGGGGUAGCGAAUUCAGUCCGAGUGCCGCAUUUACACAUCGGCGUUCAACUAGUAGCGGUUCGGCUAAGAAGCAGCAAUCUAUUGAUUUCCGUAUGGCCACUCCGGCAAGUUCGAAUGGCUUUGUGGCAAUGCCGAAAGCGGCAUCACAUUUUGGUUUCACUGCUUAUUGUCUUGGUGUUUGCUUGCUUGUAUUGUUCGUUUUUCUUGAGGGAAAUCAUGGGCUUAUCACACUUCGUCGCUGUAUGCGUGGUUAUUCCGGUUUUCUGCUUACGGCAUCCGAAACAUCAUCCGAAUCGUGCGCUUCCGGUGUCUCUUUGACGCAGACAACACCGUUUCAUCUCGCUCGAGUUGCAUUGGACGAUUCGUUGCAGUGUGGGUCAGGCAGCGCCAACUACAAAUGCAUAAAGAUAGAGAAUGGUGAUAAGGUAGCAGAACUGAUUGAAAGAUCACUGGAAAAACACCUGAUGUUCGGUGAUCAUUCGGAGUACUGCCUCGUACAACUUCUGCCAGAUGGAUGCGAAUUUCGCUUGCCAGAGAAGUGCAAUCCAUACUAUGCAGUGGCGCCGGAUCCGUCAUCAUCAAUGUUAAAUUUCGUGCUGCGACGUAAAAGUGACGCUGAACGAGAAGCACUGGCUGGUGGUGCGACUGCACCGUCGGUGAAAAAACUUAAUAGGAUGAAACGAAGUAACUUGUUACGGUGGAGUAGUGGUUAUUUAUGA